CACUCCUUAUUGAAUACUAGACUAGGUAACAUACAUUUCGUAAUAAAAUUACUAAUUUAGUAAUUUGAAUAGUUGUGGGUAGUUGAUUCCAAUUAUUCAUUAAUUUUCUCAUAAUUUAAAUUGUUUUCAAUUGAUGAACAAAUUGAAGUCUUCAGUUUGACUUAUUUUUUUCGCACAGUUUAAAAAUUAUCCAACUACGUACUUAUUUAACUAUGGGCGUGCAAAAUUUACAAAUAAUUUUUAACCAUCCUACAACAGUAUUUACGCCUGGUCAAUCGGUUACUGGACGCGUUUUGAUUGCCACUAGUAGUUCAGUGAAAAUAAGAAGUAUCAAAUUAAAAUUCAAAGGAGAAGCUAAGAAUUCAUGGACUGAACAGGAAUCUCGAAGAAAUGAUAAUGGUGAUACUGAAAAUUACUCGGUCAAAUAUGAUGCGGAAGAAGAGUAUUUUGAAAACAAAGUCACUUUAGUAGGCGGAGGAGGUGAAUCACAGUUAGAAGUAGGUGAACAUGUUUAUCCAUUUAACAUAUCUUUACCUCUUCAGUUACCAUCAACUUUUAAUGGUGAGCAUGGACAUGUAAGGUAUAUGGCAAAAGUUACAAUUGAUAUACCAUGGGGCAAAGAUAAGGAACAAGAAACCAUUUUUGAAGUUUUUUCAGCUUUAAAUUUGAAUGAUGAACCAUCUUUAGCAGAACCUAAAAAAGAAGAAAAAGAAAAGUUUUAUUGUUGUUGUUGCUGCAAGUCUGGGCCGAUGACAUUAGUCGUUUGUGUUCCAUAUACCGGUUUUAUACCUGGGCAAAUUAUACCUCUGACUAUUGAAUUGGAUAACAAUAGUAAUGUGGCGAUUGAAGCUGUUAAAAUCAAGUUGGAAAGAAAAGUAGAUUUCAAAGCAAGGCACCCUAAUGAAAAUACUAAAUCUAGUUCAUCUGAAUUAGCCUUAUUACGUUUACAAGGAAUAGAAGCACAUGCUUCGAAAACAUGGACAGAACAAAUGACUGUUCCUAAUAGUUUGAUGUUCUCCAAUCUGAAAUAUUGUGGAAUUAUAAAUGAUAACUAUAUUCUUAAAGUUGAAGCUAUUGCUGGGAGUAUGUAUGAAAAUACUAAAGUUGAGAUCAAAAUUGCAAUGGGUAAUAUUCCAUUAACUAUUGCCCAAGAUGCAACUCAAUUUGGUUAUCCAACCCAACCAAACCAAAAUAAUCCUUUGAACGAACAAUUCCCUACAAACUCUGUACAACCUGUAGGAUUUAUUGAUCCAGCACCUGUCCCAGGCUUUGCACAGCAAGUUCCAUAUGGCCAACCACCAUUUCCUUCUCCCCUUUAUCCACAACAAUCCAUGAAUCCUGCCCAAAACACUGGUUAUAUUCAACCAUUAUAUCCACAAGCUCAAUUAAAUAACCAAUCCCAUUUACCUUAUCCAGAAUUGAAUGAACAGCAACCUACAUUUAAUCCAUCUUAUCAGAAUUUAAAUCCAGUAGUCACUUCUGUUCCAACAGCUCCUUCUAUAUAAUUAAGAUUAUUCUGGAUUAAGAAUAGAAUAUUAAAAAUCUAGUAGUAUAUAUACCUAUAUAUAUAUAUUCUAAAAAGAUAAGAAACAGUAUAAAAAGUUUUCACUUUUUAUAUUUAAAUAUACCUAUACAUGUAUGUUUGUA